CACUUGUUGCCUCCGAAACUCACAGUGCACUUUCGUGUCCCUGAAGUUCGGAGGUGGAUGUGAGCGGAAUUGAUUUGGACUCUUGUGAAGAUUCAACGGAGUUAUGGCGGUGUUUCUGGCCGGGUCGGAGCUGCUGAGGACGGACCGCGGGGCCACCGGGAGCCGGUGCUAGUGGCUCCCCGGGGGGUGGGGGUGAGAGGCGGCGGGAGGCGAGCCGCGCCACUCGCUCCUGAUGACUUACACGGGAGAAGGUUACGAGCCAGUGCUUCAAGAUGGUCGCAGCUUUGUUUCCGCUGAGGAAACUGAGGCGAAACAGCAAGUAUGUGGUGUUCGGGAUGAUUCUACUGGUGGGAGCAGUCGCCUUCUACAACGAGAUAUCUGCGGCCAGAGCUUUGAGCGAGGAGACCGGUGUGACCAAAGAUGACAUCCAGAACCAAGGAAGGGGAAAGGCUAGCCUCGAGCAGAGCAGCGGAGAGAGUCCCAGUACUUGGACAGCCAGCUUCGUUCCUCAACCCUGGAAAGCUGAGUAUCUGGGUGAAGCCAAUCUGCAUGUGUUUGAGGACUGGUGCGGGAGCUCCACGACUGCUCUUCGCCGGAACUUGCACUACCCAUUAUUCCCUCAUUCACGGACCACCGUCCAGAAACUUGCUGUAUCUCCUCAUUGGACCAACUAUGGACUGAGGAUUUUUGGUUACCUGCAUCCUCACUCUGAUGGAGAGUUUGUGUUUGCAGUGAGCUCGGAUGACAACUCAGAGUUCUGGCUCAGCUCUGAUGACUCUCCACUUAACUUAAGGUUGCUGGCCUGGGUUGGAACGACUGGUGAAGAAUGGACGGCCCCUGGGGAGUUCGAUAAAUAUGCGAGCCAGACUUCGAAACCAACACUGCUCAUGUCUCAGAGGCGAUAUUUUUUUGAAAUCCUCCACAAGCAGAAUGACAGAGGGACUGAUCAUGUGGAGGUGGCAUGGCAGCUCUUGCACAGAGAAUUCCAGUUUAGCAUCAUCGAAUCAAAGCACAUCUCCCUAUACGUUAACGAAUCCGCUUUGCUCAUCGGCGAAAACGCUCAUAUACCACAGACAGCUGCGAGUCACCGACAAACCAUCGCAAAACGGAGCAGUGACACCGCAGACAUUCUCAAGAGCGACCCCCGAGAUAACAUCUACCAAGUUCCAUUGGUAAAUAAAAAGUACCUCCAGGGUAUUCUGCCUCAAUGCUUAUACCAACCCAGCUACACCAUUAAAGACUAUCCUCUACGACGCUACCAAGGCCUGGAGUUUGUUCAACUGUCUUACGUCUACCCCAACGACUACACACGGCUCACGCACAUGGAGACAGAAAACAGCUGCUUCUACCCUGAAAGCCCAUACCUCUCUUCCUAUCGCUUCUCAAGAUACAUGACCAUGGACAAGUCAGAUUUCCCUCAGGAUCGCAACAUAUAUGACUAUGAUUGGAAUUUUGGUUUCCAGAGAAGACAGUCGACCACUAAAAACAAGAUCGAUGAUGAAGACGAUGUUAGAACCAAGGAAGAUGAACGGAAGGAGAUGAAAAAUGACGUCUUGUCAGACUAUGGCGAUGAUUACGACGACUAUGUCUUUAAGCGAAGGAGGAAAAUAUUUUCCGUGGAGGGUCAAGAAUCAAAUAAUGCAAAGAAGAACUCCUCAGCUAAUGAUAUUAAAUUGGAUUUGCAGAAGAAAAGACCAGACAUUGAAGGUGUUUUAAAGCCACGGCCGCAGAAGCAAGCAGAACCACAAGUGUUGUCCACAAAGAAGCCAAGACAGAAUCAAAUUAAGGAGCGGAAUUCUGUUAAAAGGAUGAGGGACAAAAAGAAAGGAGUGCUAAAGGCGGCACAGACACAAAAGGCAAAAGUGGGAGGGAACAGUGAGCUAGAAGAAGCCAGGGAAAGAGGAGCUGUCAAAUCAAAGCAGGCGGCAGAUGUUCCUGAAAAGGAUCAGAAGUCUCAUGUUUUGGAAAUCGUUGAUAAUCGGAUCCCAUUGUUGGAUCCGAACCCUCCAGUUCCAAAAAAGAAGAAGAGGGAGAGGUUCAUUAAGUUGAACCAGGAGCGAGCAGCAACGCCUUUGCUGCCUCCCAAAAAAGACAUUCAUGAUGUUCCCCUGAAAAAGGGCAACUCAAGCCACAGAGCGUAUCCAUUAAACGAGAGGAACUCGGCGCACGAGGGAGAAGGAGUCACAAAAGCACGCCAGUUUAAAAAAUGGGACCUUUGGAACGAUGGAGACGAGGAUGACUUCAACGAGAACGAAGACGUCGAGGACGACGAGUGGGAGGCUAAGAAAGAGCGGGCGCUGGUGUUUGACACGGAGGUGAACUGGAAUCGGACAUUUAAGGUCAACAGAAAUCCUCGCUAUCAAUCGGAUCGGAUCAACCUGCAGUGCAACGUCUCAGGAAACCUGCAACUUUCCUCCAGUGACGCCAUGUUUGUCGUGAACACUUUCAUGGAGAAACUUCACGAGAAUCACCCCUGGACGUUCACUCUGGUGCAAGUGGUCAACGUUGAAAAGCACAUGGACAUGGUCCGGGGUGCCCGCUACCUCCUGGAGCUGGAGCUGAAAGACAGAAGUGGAAAUCUGCUGCGUCUCUCACACUACAUCUACAUUCUGCAGUCAGUACCCAUGAUGAACCUCAAAGAGCGCAACAGCAGGCUCGAUUUCCAGCAGCCCGAGAUGAUCUUGUGCGACCCAGUCGGAUUCAGCUGGAAUCCCAAGGCCACUGUCCACUUCAUCGUGCCAGUAAAGAACCAGGCCCGGUGGGUUCUGCAAUUGAUUCGUGACCUUGAGGAGAUCUUCAAAGUAACGGGAGACAGCAACUUCAACCUCAUCAUUUCUGACUACUACAGCACUGACCUGGAUGUGAGGGAGGCCCUGGAGAAAUCCUCUUUGCCCAGUCACCAGUACGUCAAUCUGGAUGGGAAUUUCCAAAGAGCUGCAGGUCUUCAAGCGGGUGUGGAUCUGAUAAAAGAUCCUCACAGCAUCGUGUUUCUCUGCGACCUUCACAUCCAUUUUCCUCCGUCCAUCAUUGACACCAUUCGGAAACAUUGUGUGGAAGGAUACAUGGCCUUCGCUCCCAUCGUCAUGAGGCUAGACUGUGGAGCUACACCAGCUGAGGCCAAAGGCUACUGGGAGGUGAAUGGUUUCGGUCUGUUGGCCAUCUACAAGUCAGACCUGGACCAGGCCGGAGGGAUGAACACCAAGGAAUUCAGGGAGCGAUGGGGAGGAGAGGACUGGGAACUCCUGGACAGGAUUCUUCAGGCUGGCCUGGAAGUGGAGAGGCUCUACUUAAGGAACUUCUACCACUAUUUUCACUCGAGACGUGGAAUGUGGAACCGUAGGCUCUCGCGCGGCCAAAGGUGACCUCUGAUGGCGACUGGGGUUGCUACGGUUACACUGAAGGCAGCUGGCUGGCCUCCUGGAUUUGUUUGUGGACUGAGCUGAAAAUGCCUGGUGAUGCAGGAUUGGAGCAACACGCAAGGCAAAGGUGAAGGCGGUUUCUAAGGAGAUAGUACUGAGUCAUUUCACUGGAUGUACUGGAGACACACUGAUCCUGCUGUGGAGCUCGCUGUAAUACAACACAUGUUGCACUAAAGGCUGCCAGUACCUGGAAUGUAUGGACCUAGCGAAGGCACUUCAGUGGCAUCCUCUUACUGGAAUUAUCAUUGUUUAUUUUAACUCAGAUUAAUUCAGAUGAGAAUCAUAACAAAUGACAGUUACUAGCCAACUGCACAUUCAGGCCAGUAGAAUCUGCUCAGGAGAACAUUUGCUAUAUCUGAUGGACAACAGGACUGUGGUCACAUGACGCAAAGGCUACACGUUUGACUGAAGCUAGCCAGUUUGGUGAAAGGGAACUGGACGAGCCAGCUGCAAUGAGGAGUGGCUCGAGGUUUCACAUCCAUAUAUGGAUGUGAGUAGAUCUUGCUCCUUUUGUCUGGGAUCCUCAUGGAAGGUCAGGAUCCAGAACUUCAUAAGUUGACGUCACGACUUGUCCUGUUGGCAAUAAGAGGAAUGUGGAAUCAAUUGCUUAACUUGUUUUAAGGUCAGAUAAAGGUCAGGACCAAGGAACAUUUUCUCAUGGCUACACGCCUAAGGUCAGGGCAGAGGAAGGUCACUUCAGUCCAGCUUUUGAUGUCUUCUGCCCUCGAGUACUCAGGUUGAUUUUCCUUUUUCCCCCCUUUGAAGUCAUGCUAAAGGGCAUGGAAGUAGCCUUGUUAUACUUCUAGCUUUGUCAGUGCCUCAAUGCUUGAGGCUCACGGGACCAACUGGAGCUUGAUGGAGCAGUCUGCAAAGGGAGAAAACGUCCAGCAGUGCAGGACACACAAGCCGCUGACUGUGAGAACAAGCCUGAUCUGAUGCUGAAUGACAGCAAACCUCGGUAGAGGUUCUCCUCGGUAGAAACUGAAGGAGAAUAGCGAGGCGAGUUUAUGGCUGGAAAAACUGGUUGAGCUCUGGAGACGGAGGACAGGGACUGAAGUCUGAGGGACCUUUGAGGAAGCUCCCAGAAGAAGUCCUCUUAAAUCAUGUCACCGCAGCAUAAAUGUGGUCACACAGAACCACAGGUCUUCAGUUGGAGUUUAAAUGUAUGGCAGCCGUUCUGAAGAUGAAUGUAUCGGUUUUCACCUGUAAUGGAACAAUACUUUAUUCUCAUCACUAUCUACUUUCUGUAAGGAGUGAAUCUCAAACUACAAAUACAUUGUGUUGUGGCUCCAAUCAUGGGUGAAUCUGUCAGUGAAGUUUUUUUUUAAGCCAUAACUGGCCUUCCUCAUGGUUGGAUAUGCAGCACUGAAGAACUCAAAAACACUUUGGGUAAGUAACUUUGGAAGUGGAAGACAUAUCCUGUCUCCAAAGCUUUUUUUUUUUACUUCGUCUUAAUAGCAUUUUAUGGACAUGUGGUUGCAACAUUUCGUCUGUAAUGGUACUUGUUUUAUUUAUUGAUUCCGAGAAAAUUGAAAAUUGAAUGUUCUGCAGUUUUAUUUUAUUUUUAUUUUUAUUCCUGCUCACCAAAGAUUUUAUUCUGUCAGUGUAGCAGGAUCAUCAGAGUUGUUGAUGAUCCUGCUGAGAUACAUGUUAAAAUAUCAUGUGCUUUUGUACGAAUCAUGUGACUGUUUGUCAUGUAGUUGUGUACCUGGGUUGUGCAGUUCCUCCUCCUCUACAUUUAUAUACCUCAUCACUCGUCUGCUGGACUUCUGUACACAAUAUUCUUUUCUCAGGUGUACUUUCUUCUCCUCACUGACUACUCUGGAAACACUGUAACGUUAUUUUUGUCGUUUCUUACUCUACACCUUUGAGAGAGACAUGUAUUUUAAUAAAUAAU